GAAUUGAAUUAUGUUCAAGGGUGGAGUCGCAUUUUGAUGUUAAAAGGGAAGGGUAAGAGGAAAAGAUGAUAAUGUAAAAUCUGGACCAUUCUGACCUGUAAAAGGAUUACGCUGUAGACUGAGACAAUCUAAAUAUGUCUCAACAAUUUAGACACAUCCUCUUCUUUUGUCUUCUCCCGUCUGUGGUUCCUCUCUUCUGUUAUACAUGUGUAUUUCCUUCCAUCUCACCCCUGGACUGUCUGAAGUUCCCCACCAGCUGUUCGCCGGGUCAGCUCUGUCUUUCUAGCAAAGCUGUAGGAAAGCGAGGGGAUUUUCAGGUCACCCUGUAUGAAAAGAGCUGUGCUCUUCCUGCGCUGUGUGGAUUAACAGGAGAGAAGUUUGCCUUUGGUUUAAACUUUACCUUCACCAGCGACUGCUGUGAUACUAUGCUCUGCAACGGCGUCUCAGCCGGUUCUGCUGGCGUAUCUAGCACUCUGCUUUCGCUUCUUCUGGCAUUGCUUUAUUCACAGUAAACUCAACUAAUGGACUCUAUUCCAAAAAAAACAAACAAA